GCAUGCGCAAAGACCCAGCAGGUUUAAACGAGUUUAUUUCCGUCGUCUUUUUUUCCCCCCUUGCCUCUACGAAGACGAGCGUCGGCUUUAGUUGUCUGUGUUUACCAGAGCUUGUUUGCAAACGGCGAGACUUGCCCCAGAGUAAAUCCGCCUGGAGACGACAUUAUUUGGGACAGAUAGCUGCGAUUUGUCUUGAGAUGUUGCGGUGUGGCUUUAUUACUGUCGCAUUUCCAAGCGGCGGUGGACACGGGGCGUCCAAGCCAGGCUAAGCUAAGCGGCGUUGUUUUCCGGAGCGACCAUGACGUCCAGCGGCUUCUCCGAUUUGCGAGAUAAGCUCCGGUCGAUGCCGCCGCACCGGGACGACUACCGGACGAGCAACGGGGGAAGCAGCGCGGGGCGAAAGCGCCGACGCCGCGAGUCCGACGACGACGACUGCGAGCACAGCGACGACAGCGCCGAGCUCCGCGAGCAGGAGGCCCACCGAGUGCGCAGCAGCGUCCUACAGAAGAGCAUUUUCACCUCGGAGGACUGCGCGCGCAUCGAGGAGAAGAUCGACGAGGUGGUGGCUAAAGCCGAGGCCGGACUGUACCGCGAGCACACGGUGGACCGCGCGCCGCUGCGCAACAAGUAUUUCUUCGGUGAGGGCUACACGUACGGCGCGCAGUUGGAGAAGCGCGGCCCGGGCCAGGAGAGGCUCUACCGCAAGGGGCAGGUGGACGACAUCCCCAGCUGGGUACACGAGCUGGUCAUCAAGCGACUGGUGUCCGCCGGCGUGAUCCCGGAGGGCUUCGUCAACAGCGCCGUCAUCAACGACUACCAGCCGGGGGGCUGCAUCGUGUCCCAUGUGGACCCGCUGCACAUCUUCGCGAGGCCCAUCGUGUCCGUGUCUUUCUUCAGCGACAGCGCGCUCUGCUUCGGGUGCCGCUUCCAGUUCAAGCCCAUCCGCGUGUCCGAGCCCGUCUUCGUGCUUCCCGUCCGCAGGGGCAGCGUCACAGUUCUCAGUGGCUACGCUGCCGAUGACAUCACACACUGCAUCAGACCCCAGGACAUCAAGGAAAGACGAGCGGUCAUCAUCCUAAGGAAAACCAGACCGGACGCCCCCAGACUGGACUCUGACAGCCCUUUAAGUUCCGCGCCGGUCGAGAAGCCGCCCCCCCUCAAAGCAAAGCGCUCGCACCGCAAGGCUGACCCAGACGCUGCUCACAGGCCAAGAGUGCUGGAGAUGGACAAGGAGGAGAACCGGCGGCCGUCGUCAUUCGGGCAACGGCGUCACAGUACGUCGUCGGACGACUACAGAAAGCGCGAGGCGGACUACGACAAACACCGAGAGAGCUCGUCGCGCAAAGUCAAAAUGCGGCGCCAUUGAAGGAGGAACUCCUCUGCGCCGCGUUUCUUUUUACAAGCGCACCGUGCUUUUGGUUUGUCAUUAAGCGGAGAUGAAAGGGGGCAGGUUUGUGUUCUGAAGAUGUACAUACCUUCAAAAGCUGCUUGUACAUAAGGAGAGCUGAGCUGUUCAAUAACAUUUGUCUUAGUCUUUAAGCCUCGUCUUUUCUCCAUACAUUUCUCACCUUUUUGUUUCUUUCUCAGCAUCAACAACUGUAGGAUGAUUUGGGGGGGAAAAAAAUGGGCCUCCUCCUUUUUAGAGUACGAGAGGCCAUUCUAUUGCUUUUUCUCUAUUAAAGCACAAUGUUCCUCA